ACAGAGAGUUGACAGAUCUCCGCGGGAGGGGAUCGUUCUUGGGUUGGGGGGAGACGACGAAGAACCCUAGCUCGUCGUCCAUGGCGGAUUCGAGCUCGGCACCGAAGCGGUACACCCCCCCUAACCAGAGGAACCGUUCUGUGAAUCGCAAGAAAUCGGGAGAUCGAUUGGAGAGAAGUAGCAGCUCCCAAGGGAAUGAAGGCGAGAGGAUCCAAGUUCCAGCCACGAGGAACGUUGCCGUAAGAGAUCAUGGGGAUUCAGUGUCGAAUUCGAAUUCUGCCCGGAGGAUUAUAUCUGUAGAAGGGUGUCAUAGGAGUGAAGCCUAUCAGCUACUGAGCGAACGAUGGGAAGCUGCAAUGAAUCUCUACAAUAAUCCUACAGUGGAUUUAUCCGAGAGACCGAUCAUGUACUACGGCGGUGACGUUUGGGGAAGACUGCCUCAUAAGAUCAUGGCUUCAGCAAACAACACCGGACCUCCACCGACAGACUACAGAAGCGAACUCAGGCGUGGAUUGCUGACUCCGAGGACGACAAGUUCUAACCAUUGAACGCACUUUUCCCGUCGAUCUUCUUUGUGGAAGGGAUCCAUUUUCUGGUUGUAUUCACUUGGACCAACAGAAGAGUCGAAUUUGCCAUCGUCCGCCGCUGUAAUCGUGGAGAACAGGCGACGGAUUCGUACGGCUCCGAGAAGACGAAGAGGAUGGAUCGGAUCGGAGACCUGAACGUUAGGUCGAAGUCACCGCCGGCGGGAGAAUGUAGCGGCGGAGGAGGCCUGCCUUGGGAACUGCAAAAUCAUCCCAUUGCAGUAUUCUCCGGUGACGACAGAGAACCAAUCAUCGGAGAGAGAGCCGAGAAGCGGGAUGACCAAAAAAAGCGUAAAUAAAGAAUAGUACAGUCUAAGGUGAUAAUAAUAUUUUUCUUGAAAUUUAAAAAUCGAAUUUCGCAGAGAUUUUUUUUUAUCAUAGAGAGUUUUUUUUUCUUUCUAGAGAGAGAAUUUAAAUGGCUUAUUACAGCGGGUUUACACACAUCGGUCUUGGUGGUGGUGAAUUUAACGAAUUUUAAUUUUUU